ACAGCCUGGCGGCUCCCGCCUGACUGACGCCGGCCGGGGCUGCUGCUGCCGCUGCCGCUGAGCCCUGGCCCCGCCGCCGCCGCCGCCGCGCAGCUGCAGCCCCGCUCCCGCCCGCGGCGCGCCGAGACCCCAGCCCGCGCCCGCGGCAGGCUUCAUCAGCAGUUUCUUGAUGUUUGGAGAGCUCUGAGACCCACCCUGUGGGACUACUUGUAACUGGUGCCUAAGACUACAGAAACGUACGUGUGGAAGAACCUUUCUGUGAGGGAGGUGCCCAUCACAGUGCCGUGGAAACUCUGUGCAGGCCCUGCAGGGCAGGAGAGCAGUUUGUGCUUCCGUUGGCGCUCGUGCGUAAUCUCUGCUUCUUAUGCACUCCAGCACCCCUAUCAGUUCCUUGUUCUCCUUCACCAGCCCCGCAGUGAAAAGGCUGCUGGGCUGGAAACAAGGAGAUGAAGAGGAAAAGUGGGCAGAAAAAGCUGUCGAUUCCUUGGUGAAGAAGUUGAAGAAGAAAAAAGGAGCCAUGGAAGAGCUGGAGAGGGCUCUGAGCUGCCCGGGCCAGCCCAGCAAAUGCGUCACAAUCCCCCGUUCCUUGGAUGGGCGGCUGCAGGUGUCUCACCGCAAGGGGCUCCCCCACGUCAUAUACUGCAGAGUGUGGCGCUGGCCUGAUUUACAGUCUCACCAUGAGCUGAAACCACUGGAAUGUUGUGAGUUCCCUUUUGGCUCAAAACAGAAAGAAGUGUGCAUCAACCCCUACCAUUACCGGCGGGUGGAGACCCCAGUCCUACCUCCUGUACUCGUUCCAAGACACAGCGAGUUUAACCCUCACCUCAGCCUCCUUGCCAAGUUUCGAAACACCUCUCUGCACAGCGAGCCGCUGAUGCCGCACAAUGCCACUUACCCGGAUUCCUUCCAGCAUCCCCCCUGCACCCCUUUUCCAUCAUCCCCCAGCCACAUGUUCUCCCAGUCACCUAACAGCAUCAGCUACCCCAACUCCCCAGAAAGCUCUUCUGGACCAGGAAGUCCCUAUCAGCUCACAGUGGAAACUCCACCCCCACCCUACCAUGCAAGAGAACCCCCAGGAAUCCACAAUGGACGCUCAAUGGAUGCAAUAGCUGAAAGUCAACUAGUGCUGUCUUUGCCCAAUGGAGGUAAAUCUGCCGACGGAGAAGCUGAAAACUUUCGGCCUGUUUGUUAUGAGGAACCCCAACACUGGUGCUCAGUUGCCUACUAUGAGCUCAACAACCGGGUAGGGGAGACUUUCCAGGCCUCCUCUCGAAGUAUCCUGAUAGAUGGAUUUACAGAUCCUUCAAAUAACAAAAACAGAUUCUGCCUGGGUCUGCUCUCAAAUGUAAACCGCAAUUCUACUAUAGAAAACACCAGGAGACACAUAGGAAAAGGUGUUCAUCUUUACUACGUCGGUGGGGAGGUUUAUGCCGAAUGUGUCAGUGACAGCAGCAUUUUUGUGCAAAGCCGCAACUGUAACUACCAGCAUGGUUUCCACCCAGCCACGGUCUGCAAGAUCCCCAGUGGCUGCAGCCUCAAGAUCUUCAACAACCAGCUCUUCGCCCAGCUGCUUGCCCAGUCAGUCAAUCACGGUUUUGAAGUGGUGUAUGAGCUGACCAAGAUGUGUACUAUUCGAAUGAGCUUUGUUAAAGGCUGGGGAGCAGAGUAUCAUCGCCAAGAUGUUACAAGCACGCCCUGCUGGAUUGAGAUCCACCUGCAUGGACCAUUGCAAUGGCUGGAUAAGAGAGCAAAAGGAAAUGUUCUGAGGUGCAUCUGCUCCUGGGCAGCUCCAGAACUCAGUCUUCUGUCAAUGCUGCAGAGUGAAACUGGAUGGCCAGUGAAGAGAAGCAGCUUCCUCUGGGGCAUUAUUUGUUUCAUAACAAGGUAUUUCAAGUAGGUGAAAUACACUGCACUCUCAGCAUGCUUGUGUCUUCCCACUCAGUUUAAGGGGAACUCUGAUGAAGAUGUGGUGACUUUCCCAGCCUAGUAAUGAUGCUUGCUCAGUAAGUGUUUGUUUGGCUUAAAUGGAAGUUGGUAAAUUCAGAGCAGUUUUUCCUUUCCUUUAUGUCUACCUUUAUAAGUAAUCAUUUUACAAAUAGGAUUUGACUUCCAUGCAGUCCAUACAUGCAGUACAUCUCAUUUAAGGCAGUCACCUUAAUACUGCCUUACUAGUAAGAAAAGAAGCAUUUCUGGAGCAUGAUUCUUCUCACCCAUUUCAAACACCUCUAUUAGGAUGAGAUGAAUUUCAGCAAAUCUCACUUUUUGCUUAAAAACAGUGUCAGUUGUUUCAUAUUUUGGUGGUUUCUGAGGGCUUAGCCCACUGUGCUGUGCAAAUAUGCAGAAGCUGACAGCUCCUCCCCAAAGCCCACACUACAUAGGAGGAGUGGUAACAGUGGAUGAGAUAAAAAAGUAAAUAAGAUGACCCCUUCCCAGAUGCAGAGAUAAAAAGUAAGGCUAAUAAACCCUUUAUUUGCCUUUCUUUUUGAACAAAGUUUCUUUUACAGGCUUCUCUAGUAUAUGUGAAUUGAAAUUGGUUAAAAAUUCGGGUUUCUUACAAUUUACAAUAAUAUAACUUUGUAUCUCUAAUGUCUUCCCUAGUUUGGAAGGAGAUCAUUUCUUCUGAAAGGUCUUCAUGAACCUUUAAACCUGUAAUCAAUUUAAGGUCUUUAUAAAUGUACUACUCAUUAAUACUCAAGCUUUGGAGAUAGUCUUCCUGAGAGAUUUAAAACCACUUACAGCAAGACUACUUAGUUGAAGGCAAAUUUUUAAUUUUUUUUUUUUGAGUCAUUAACAGUUCAUAGCCUCUUAAAAGUUUCUGUGGAAGAGUACCAUGCAUCAGCAGGCAGUGGUGGGAGCCUAAUGAGGCAGAGGCAUAAAGCACAUUCAGCAUGGUACGUAGACCACUUGUUUUACUAUUAAAUAGUCGAGAGAAGAUGACUUUAGCUGCUGCCACUUCAUCAGCAGCACCAGUAUUAAUGUGCUAUUUGCAUCCAGAGGUGCCAGGGGCAAAUCUCACACCCUGACUGCCUGGAGCCAUUCCAUGGCACUGCUGCUUGGGUGGCUCAGUCCCAUCUCCUUGCUUGGAAAAGCUGCCCAGGUACGGCACAGCAGUGGCUGUAGCAUUGCAAGGUGCAGCAUGUGCUUUCUCUCCCCAUCAGUGGCUGUUCCACCAACGUCUUCACUCCUCAUCAGAAUGCUUCACCGAGCUCACUCUGAAGCAUAAUGUUUCAGAAACAAAGGGGAACUGUGGCCUAAAGUAGCAUCAGCUGGAGUUGAAGAAAACCCUUCCAUGUCAGCAGGUACUGUAUCAAGACUUUCACCACCCCGAGCAGCCUUCUCCAAGCAGUCUCUGUCUGGAACAGGGUGUCAGACUUGAUGCCAUGGUGAGAUCCCUUCCAGUAUACAUUAUCCUCUGGGUCUCUGUGGAGAUUCAGUGAUAACUGGUUGCCACAGGAAGGAGCUCUCUGUUAGCAGCAGUUUCAGGAUGCAGCACGUUUCUCCUUAGCUAUUUUGUAUUCGUGUUCCCUCAGCAUAAAAUCAGCACUCCAAACAUCUCUUGCUGUAAACAUCAUCUUCACCACACCCAUCUUAAAAUGCAGAAAACAAAGCAUUUGUGACUGUAACCUUAUCUAAUCUGCCCUUGUUCUUCCUGGCUUACAACACCCACCUUUGUCUAUCAGCUCUGCAAAUCAAUCUCACCAGUGACUAAGGAGUUGCACAAAUAGCUGGAUUUACAGAGGCAGCUUAGGCAGAGACUUUGCUUCUUGACUGCAUGGAAACAAUUAAUAAUAAAAAGCCUGAUCAAUUUAGGGACUUUAAAGGGAUAUCAAGUAUAAGUCUAAUUUUUUUGAACCAAGACUGCUCUGGUGCAACUAUAACUUUUAGGAAUACUUUAGCACUACAUGGUGCUCAGCAAAGGAAAGAAACAUUACAUCCUCUGUACUAUUCACCUCUUCCCCUGGCUCCCCAUAACCUAACUUAGUAUAACCAAAAUCAAACACAACAACAACAAAAAAGAUCAACGAGUCAUAAGGUAGAGUAAUUAAAUAUCAUUUUUCAAAGAUGAGAAGUGCUGUCCAAAAUGUAGAUUUAUAUCACAAGAGGGCCAUGUAGUUAUAGGACAAUUGGGUAAUGGCUUUAACUGAAAGAGGGUAGUUUUAGUUAAAACACUAGCAGAAAUUCUUUAUUGUGAAGGUGAGAGACACUGGCACAGGAAAAGCUGUCCCAGAGAAGUUGUGGAUGCCCCAUCCCUGGAAGUGUUCAAGGCUAGGUUGGAUGGGGCUUUGAGUAACCUGGUCUACAGGAGUGUGUCCCUGCCCAUGGCAGGAGGCUGGGACCUGUUGAUGGUCUUUAAAGGUCACUUCCAAGCCAAACUAUUUGACGAUGAUCAUGUCCCGGUGCCUGCCAAGCCAGAAGCAAGACUUCCUUGCUCUGGAGAAACCUGGACAACAAACUGUUACUUGAAUAUCUGAACCCAAGCCCUUCUGCAUGAGUAAAGACCCCACUGAAGGGGCUGAGAAAAUACUUCCAGAGGAUUUACAGUUGAUGGGUGUUCUAGUAGCCAGAAAUGCACUGAGAUGAUGAAGAGACUGAGGAGGAGGAGGGAGCAUACAACCAGAUGAGCCCAGUGCUCAUUGCUGGAGGUAUUAAAGCAGUACAUGCUCGGGCAGCCACUGUUCACUAGAGCUUUUUACAUUGACAUCUGAACUAAUUGUCAAGGCCUGUUUUAGGAGCAGCUUGAAGUACCACAGUCCUUGCUCGGGUUUUUGCUAUACACCCCACCAGCUUCCUGAUUAAGCCAUUCGAUAUAGUGGGGCAAAUGGUGACCCCUGUGCUCCAGAGAGUAGGCUCUGGUUCCAUUUGGGGACCACACUUGGAAGAUUACCCUCUGCCUCGCCGCAAGACUAAUGAAGAGCUCAGCUUUGGGACACUGUUCAAGGACACUAUAAACACAUCCAGAAUGUGCUCCUCAAAGAAAGAUGCAGUCUGAACAGAAGCUGCACAACUGAAAGAUGUGGACUACAGAGAGAGAGCAUCUAACCUGGGAAUUACAACAAACCAGCUCAUUUCAAGAUAAGGUGGGAAAUUGCAGUGCCUGAAGGAAAACAGCAGGAACCUUCAUGAGGACUCCUGACUAUGAAAUCACAUUUUCAAGUACAUAAGGAUGGACAAGUGUGCUUCCCUAAGGGCAACUAAGAGGUCAAGUUACCAUGAAAAAAGAGCUUGACAGAGUUGAUCCCAUCUUGCAGCAGGGAGAGAGAUUCUAUGAGACUUCAGAUCUGUGAAUAAAAACCUUCUCAAUCUGGAGGCUGCAUUGCAACCAUUGAAACAGGGCUUGUUCCUCAUGGCAGCUCCAGGAGUAUCUUUCUGCAAGAUACAGGAAGCCUGAGUGGGCAUUUAAUCUUUGUUCAGCUGAGAAAAAUCACUUUGUGUCUCUAGUACAGACACUUCUGCACGUUGGAGACCAGCACAGAAAACAGCCUUUGGUUUGUACCCAUCAUCUACCCAUAGGAAGCUCCAGAACAGCCAGGAACAGCCAGAAUCCUGUUAUGUGUUCAUCCCGGGGCUUUUCAGACACCUUGCCCAGGCGUGCCUUACAUUACAUUGCCAUACUGAUGCCACACUUCUCUGCUAGGGAGGUGAGGCAGAUGAGAAUCCUAACGAGAGGACACCUCCACUUGCACCUGGGCCAUGCUUGCAAACUUGGUGCCCGUACAGAUAACAAAUCUAAUUUGCAGGCCAUGUCUCUUACGCAAGGUAGCCAUAACCACUACGUCCUCCAGUCAGCUACUCUUCCAUUACAGUCGAUGUGAACAUUUGCAGCUAAUUGUGAACACAUUUUAGAUCUUCAGUCAUAGUGUUUUUAUUAUCCAUGGAUGCUGCUAUUUUAUAUUCUGUGUUAGUAUUCAAAUAAUAUUGCAUAUGAAUAGCAUAGGGUGAAAUAGACCAACCAGUUAAUAAUUUUAGAUACAGACCUCAUCAGCAAAGAAAAGCUAGAAAAAACUUGGUAAAAUCUGACCCCUUGCACUUUCACAGUAGUGAGCAAGCACAUCAUAUUUGAAAGUGUUUUAUUUGUUGCUAAAGUGUGUUGUCUUAUUAAUUCACAGUUAAGUCCAUGAGAAGCUUUGCAAACGAGAGCAAGGGAACAAACAUAAUGAUGAGCAGAGAUAAUGUGCAUUCAGAUAAAUUUUCUUCACUUACUCAAGCAAUUGGAGUUUUUAAUUAUUUAUGAUACUUUUAAAGUACAAGUUAAAUGUACCACAGCCUGCUUUCUGCAGUAAGUCAGUGUUAGCAAUUCAAACCUUCAUUUCAUAUCACCUCUGUGAUAUAAAUGGGGUUGAGAAGUGAGACAAGAAAGUGAAAAAACAGGCCUUUUUUGUGUGGAUCAAUGAAGCCAUGAAGUUGCAAAGCUCUGAGCAAGGGCUAAAAUGGUGGAUUUGAGCAAGGUGUGUUAACUAUGGGGUUGUGUUAACUAUGAUCUAUCAGUGUGGUGAGAAAAGCACUGUGAGUCAUCCACAGAUUAACAAGAGUCACUUCUGUCUAUGAAUAAUUCUGCCCUCUGUUUCCCACUGGAAGCAAAGCAAAACAUCUGUCCACAAGUAUUGCUCAGUCUGUGACAUUCUGUAAACCAGCAUAGGUCGCUGUAUAAAGAACAAUACUUGGGCUCUUGCCUCUGGAGAAUGAAAAAUCGCAGACAGUGCUUCAGGAAUGCAAGAGACCCGGGCAGCUCAGAGUGCUCCAGCCAGCCCCAGAGUACUCUGUUCCACACUGGAUCCUACAGAAGGAUGGAACGACUGCUAACCAAGGGGACACUUCCACAAGCAUUCCUGCUGCUGCAUUUGAUUUGAGACAUUCUGAAGACAACACAUUUGGUCUGAACAAUACACUUUUUAAUGCACUCCACUUUCUUUGGCCAGAAUUAUUCUAUUGUAAAAGGGAUUAUUCACGUCUUGUGUUUUACUGUUAAUAAAGAUAUUUCUGUUUUAAGAGCUCC